CUUUCGAAGCCCUUCGACGUGUCCGCGCUCAUCGCGAACGGCGUCCUGGACAGCAAGUGCAGCACGGUGGCGCACUUCGCGCGCAUCUGUGGCGGGCAAGAGUAUUCAGACGAAGAGAUCGGUUUCCUCAUGGCGCACUGCGAGCAGGAGGCCCCGAUCGCGGUGGAGUUCGCCCGCGCGGUGUCCGGGUCGGAGGACAGGACCCUCGAGGUCUGGGACCUCGCGGCGGGCACCUGCGAGAGGACCCUGGCCGGCCACCAGGAGUGUGUCAGAUGCGUGGCCCUCGCGGGGCCUGGGCGCGCGGUGUCCGGGCCCCGCGACAAGACCCUCAAGGUCUGGGACCUCGCGGCGGGCACCUGCGAGAGGACCCUGGCCGGCCACCAGCAUUUUGUCAUCUGCGUGGCCCUCGCGGGGCCUGGGCGCGCGGUGUCCGGGUCGAUCGACAGGACCGUCAAGGGGGUCAAGUGCGUGGCCCUCGCGGGGCCCGGGCGCGCGGUGUCCGGGUCCGCCGACACGACCCUCAAGGUCUGGGACCUCGCGGCGGGCACCUGCGAGAGGACCCUGGCCGGCCACCAGGGUUGGGUCGAGUGCGUGGCCCUCGCGGGGCCCGGGCGCGCG